GAGGUGUGGCACUGCCAGGAGGGGAAACAGCAGAUUCCACAUUGCCAGUGCUGCCUGUCCCAAAUGCCAUCAGACAAAAAGCCACUUUAGGCUACGCUGGAUUCAUCCCCCGAGCUGCUGAAAAUUUUGGCAUGACCUACAUUGCAUCUGUGCAGAAAGCCAUGAAUCAGUUUGAUCGAGAACAGCUUUUGCAGAGAAAUCCACCUUAUACACUGGGCACAAGAUUCCCUCGGACACACUGGCCAGACACCAAAAUUUACACUCGUGCUGGACUCAUACCUGACUACAUGGGCUUCGUACCACACCUGCAGGAACUCUGUGGGUUCACUUACGGGAACGGCACGCGGGAAUCGUACCGGUGUGAACAGAGGAGACGGGGACGUGCACUGUGAAAACUGCUUUAAUGGUGCCUGUACAGCAUUGGGAGUGACUUGGAAACAGCAAUAAUAACACAACACAAACAGAA